UGGGGGAGCACCCGGACGGAGAUGGGCGAAGCUUUUCACGGGCUGAGAAACCCAAAUUGCCGUACCUUUCCUCCACCACCCAACCCGCCUCUCUCUCUCUCUCUCUCUCUCUCACUAAUCCGCCUAUACCCCACCCUUUCGCCACAUCAGCAACCGCCCCUUCUCGAAGCUCGAUCCGAUCAUCACCUUUCCUCCGGCUUCCGGGUGAACAGUGAGCUCGCAGCUGCAGCAAUGCCGGAGAAGAACUCACCGAGACGCUGAACUUCGGCCACCGAGCUAGGGUUUUGCUGAGGUUUUCUUUCUGGGUUUUUUGAGGUGGGUAGUCGGAUGGAUCGGUCCGCGAUCACGGUCGGCCCCGGGAUGGACCUGCCGAUUAUGCACGACAACGAUCGGUACGAGCUCGUGAAGGACAUCGGAUCCGGGAACUUUGGGAUCGCGAGGUUGAUGCGGGACAGGCAGACGGACGAGCUCGUCGCUGUUAAGUACAUCGAGCGCGGCGACAAGAUAGAUGAAAAUGUACAGAGGGAAAUUAUUAACCAUAGGUCGCUAAGACAUCCAAAUAUAAUUCGGUUUAGAGAGGUUGUACUAACUCCAACUCAUCUAGCUAUAGUGAUGGAAUAUGCAGCUGGUGGUGAGUUAUUUGAGCGGAUUUGUGGGAAAGGACGAUUCAGUGAAGAUGAGGCCAGGUUCUUCUUCCAACAACUUAUAUCAGGUGUCAGCUACUGUCAUGCAAUGCAAAUAUGCCAUCGUGAUUUGAAACUCGAAAACACAUUGUUGGAUGGAAGCCCUGCCCCUCGUCUGAAGAUUUGUGAUUUUGGGUACUCAAAGUCCUCCUUGCUUCAUUCACAACCGAAGUCAACCGUGGGAACCCCUGCAUAUAUCGCUCCGGAAGUGUUACUAAAGAAAGAAUAUGAUGGCAAGAUUGCGGAUGUCUGGUCUUGUGGAGUAACCCUAUAUGUCAUGUUGGUUGGUGCUUAUCCUUUCGAGGAUCCGGAGGAUCCCAAAAAUUUUCGGCGUACCAUACAGAAAAUAUUGAAUGUCCAAUAUGCUAUUCCUGACAAAAUUGAUAUAUCUCCGGAUUGUCUUCAUCUCAUUUCAAGGAUCUUUGUAGCUGACCCUGCACAGAGGAUAAGCAUCCCGGAGAUAAGGAAUCAUGAGUGGUUUCUGAAGAACCUGCCUGCCGACCUAAUGGAUGAAAACAUGAUGAACAAUCAGUUCCAAGAGCCUGACCAACCAAUGCAAAGCAUGGAGGAUAUCAUGCGAAUCAUCUCCGAGGCUACCAUUCCGGCCGUUGGUGCCAACAACCUCAACCAAUACUUGACCGGAAGCCUCGACAUCGACGAUGAGAUGGAGGAAGACCUUGAGAGCGAUCCUGACCUUGAUAUUGAUAGCAGUGGCGAAGUAAUCUAUGCCAUGUGAAGUUGGAGAUGGUCUUAAGUCUUGGAUAUAAAGAAAUAGUGGUUAAGGAAUCUGGCACCGUUGUUUUAAAGUGGUUGCUUGAGAAAUCCCUCUGCAUGGAUUCGUUGUGGAGUCGCAUAAUGUUGUUUGUUUGUUUGUCGAAAUCUCUCUUCUGGAUUGUGUUGUAUCUUUGUGCUGUCUCGUCACAUCCAUGUGUAAGUUGCAUAGAUCCUCUGUUGUGUUAAAAAUCAGAUCCCGCUGUACCAUUGGAUACAUGAAACUCUUUUGUAGAAGCACUGCUUCUUCUGGGGAUAGUGUUAAGAACUCCAUGCCCUGUAAAUUGUCUGCCUAGGUUGUGUGUUUAUAAAGAUGUGUUUGCCCUCGA